ACCCUACCCCCCCCCCCCCGGGAGGGAAGUUGCGGGGAUUUGGCCUGGAAUGAAGGGGCGGGGGUGUAACUUGGCCCCCAGGAGGAGCGUGUGGGGGGACCCCUUUAAAGGUGGCACCCCCCCGGAAGUGCAGCCCCAUGGCCAGGGAGGGGGGCGGGCCUCCCGGGAAGCCUUUCCCGGCUGCACAUUUCCUGUUUCCUAGCAACAAAAGGAAGUAUUUGUUGUGCCCUGGGCUGGGUGACUCUUGCAGCCCCGGCCCCCUGGCUGAGGGGGCAGCAGGGUCUGGCGGGGGGGGGGGUUUGCAGGCGCCCCCCGCCCCCCAGCAGCAGGGCAGAGAGGGGGGCUACAGGGGCAGGGCCCUGCUCUCCACGGGGGACGGACCAGAGCCACCCCCACGGGCUGGGAGGCGAGAUUUCCACCCCCCCGGGGGGGCUGUUGCAUGGUCUGGCCCGCCUGGAGACCCCCCAGCAGGGAAAUCAGGCCCCCAGUGGGCAGGGGUCUCUUCUCUUCCAGGAGGCGGUGGAUCGGGGAGCCCCCACCCCGGCUCCCUCCCAGGAUUGGACGCCCUGCAUUGGAAGAACUGGGGGUUUGCCCCGCCUGGGCUCUCCUGCCACCAGAGACCUGGGGGUUCGCCCCUCUGGGAUCUGCCUCCAGCAACACAAGCCCCUGGGCGCUCUGGUCUCCAGCAACUUGGGGUUCACACCCCUGGGAUGUGUCGUUAGCCUCUCGGACACCCCAGGAGCCAGACCCUCGGGGUCAAGCCAGCCACUCGGGGUGCAGCAGCCCUUGCACCCGGUGAUCUGGGGCUCGGUUCCCUCCGCCGUGAGCGCCUCUCUCCAGUCGCUUUGUGGACCCAGACUUUUGGAGCUCAGAGCCCCCAUUCCAACCUGUAUCUGGACCCUGCCAGAAUCCAGAAUUGAAGACUGAACUCCACCAAAAGUCUGUGCCGGUCCCUCCCCUGGGGGAUAAGGCAUCCCAGGGAGCCCUGUAUUUUUGGGGCUUGUCCCUACAAAUUUCCUCUCUCCCUUGUACCCUGAAGAUCCUCUGUUUGCCUCCACGUCUGGCUGUCACUUGGGUUGUGACUCCCUGCCUGGAAACUGCUUCAACUCUCCUGCUCUUGGUCAGUGUGUCAUCUCUGGGAUGCUUUAUUGGACCCUGGAGCUGCCGCCUAGGGAUGCCGUAAGGAGCCGGAGGAGGAGGAGGAAGAAGAAGCAGGAGGGGAUGCAGGCUCAUUGCACAGGAAACGGAGCUCUCCGGGCCACCGGCCCGGCCCUGUGAAGCCGGCGGAGACAGUGCCCUCCCGCCGUCCGAUGUGAGCGAUGGAAGAGCCCGGCUGCGAGCCGAGCCAGCCGCAGCGGGAGGAACGGCCGUUCAAAUGUGGGCAGUGCCAGCGCAGCUACCGCCAUGCCGGCAGCCUGGUCAACCACCGGCGCACCCAUGAGGUGGGACUCUUCACCUGCCUGCUAUGCCACAAGGAGUUCUCGAACCCCAUGGCCCUGAAGAAUCACCUCCGCAUCCACACCGAGGAGAGGCGCCACCGGUGCCCGGACUGUGGCCGCAGCUUCCGCGUCGCCUCCCAGCUGGCCAGCCACCGCCAUUCGGCCCACGCCAGCCGUGGCCAGAAGGGGGAGGAGGGCGGGGAGAACAACUUCCAGCCAGGGCAGGACUCCUCGUCAUCGGAGGCCGACGUUUUCCCCGCGCUAGAGGGCGGCGGUGCCGGGACAUUGCUGAGCAACCUGGAGAAAUACAUCGCCGAAUCGGUGGUGCCGGCUGAUUUCUCCCAGCUGGAGUUCCCCGGCAAAGCGGAGGAAGGCCAGGAGGCCCCUGGCGUGCCGGCAGAGGAGCGGCGCUAUAAAUGCAACCAGUGCGAUAAGGCCUACAAGCAUGCGGGCAGCCUCACCAACCACAAGCAGAGCCACACGCUGGGCGUCUACCAGUGCGCCGUCUGCUUCAAGGAGUUCUCCAACCUCAUGGCGCUCAAGAACCACUCCCGGCUGCACUCGGAGUACCGCCCCUACAAGUGCCCAUUGUGCUGUAAGGCUUUCCGCCUGCCCAGCGAGCUGCUGAGCCACCAGAAGGCCCACGAGAAAGCCCGGUGGGCUGGGAGAGCCCCCUCGGAGGGCUCGGAACACAGCGUCUCAGAGGAGGACUCCAUUGAGACUUUGGCCAAGCUGGAUAUCUACCAGCCGCCGGCGGCCGCCUUCGGAGAGGGCGCCCCCUGCAGUUUGAAGGAUGGGGCGAAGGCUGGGGGCGGGGACCAGGGCAAUCCAGAUGGGGAGCUGUGCGUGAGAUGCGGGGGAAACUUCACCGAUGAGGAAGAGCUGAGGAACCACAGCUGCCUCUACCCAGAGGAGGAGGAAGAGGAGAAAGAGGAUGGGGGUGGCUUGGCCCAACCCACGACGGACUCAGAAGGGGCCUGGGAAGCCAGCAGUAAGGACGGAGACCAAGCGCGGCCCUACCGGUGCGGGGAGUGUGGCCGGACCUACCGCCAUGCCGGCAGCCUCAUCAACCACAAGAAAAGCCACCAGACGGGCGUCUACAGCUGCAACUUCUGCUGCAAGCAGCUCUUCAACCUGGCGGCCCUUAAGAACCACCUGCGGAUACACCUCAAAUCUAAGCCGGCCUCCCGGCCCAGCCUCCAGUACUCCUGCCCUCCAGCACCCGAAGAGGCUGCUUGCCACCUCGACCAGAGCCCCGCUGAGCCAGCCGGCGGGGAGAGGGCCACAGAGCCGCCGGGCCGCGGGGAAGCGGAUGGAGGAGGUGCUCUCAAAGAGGAGGAGACUGGUUGCAUGGAGGAGGAAGAGGAUGGGGCAUCAGAGGAGCGGCCUUACCGCUGCGGGGAGUGCGGCCGGACCUACCGGCACCGGGGCAGCCUGGUCAACCACCGGCACACCCACCGGACGGGCAUCUACCAGUGCUCCUUGUGCCCUAAGCAGUACUCCAACCUAAUGGCCCUACGCAACCAUGUCCGCAUGCAUUUUCGAGCGGCGCGGGGCAAGGAGCGGGGGAGCUACGCAUGUGCCAGCUGCGGAGAGAGCUUUGAGGAGGAGGCAGAGUUCCAGUGGCAUCAGCUGCGCCACGCACCCGGGGACACUGCCCCCUGCCCCAAGGAGGGGAAGGAGGAACCAGGCAGCAUCCACACGCGGGAGGCAGCGCUGCUGCAGGCCAUCAAGCGAGAUGUGGAGGAGUUGGAGGCGGUGGGGCCGGCGCCAGGGAUGUAUCACAUCUGUGGCUGCUGUGGGAUGAUCUUUCACGACCUGGACAGUUUGCAGAGCCACGCCCUGGCGCAUGGCGAUGGGGAGCCUUGUACGGGAGAAGGUGAGGUGGAGCCGCCGGGCAGACGGGUGUACAGCUGCGAGCUCUGUGGCAAGUCCUACCGCCACUCGGGCAGCCUGAUCAACCACAAACAGACGCACCAGACAGGGGAUUUUGAGUGCUCGCUCUGUGCCAAACGCUUCUCCAACGUGGCUGCCUUCAAGAGCCACUUGCGUGGCCACCAGAAGCCGAGGAGGGGCCGAGCAGGGCCGGAGGAGGAAGAGGAACGGGGCGUGGCAGAGGCGGAGCCCAGAGAUGCCCCUGAUGGGACAAUGCAGCUGGAGGGAAGUGGAGAUGUUGGGCGUGGUGGCCCGGAGAGUACCCGGGUUGGAGAGGAGGGGACGCUGAGCAAGGAGGAGCCCCAGCGGAGCUACAAUCUGCGGGGAGGCAGUGCGGUGAACGGGUGGCAACACCUGAAAGAGGAGAAGGAGGCUGAAGCGUCACCACCCGGCAGCCCCAACUCUGAGCCCUACCCGUGCGAAAUCCUCGACCACAAGAACAGCCAGCAGCUGGGCAUAUACCAGUGCUCCCUGUGCCCAAAGGAAUACUCAAACCUGGAGGCACUGAAGAGCCACUUCCGCGGCCAUGCCACGGCCCAGCAGCCGGGUGCCAGUGCCGAGGAACGUCCCUUCCUUUGCAGCCUCUGCGGCAUGAUCUUCCCAGGUGAGAUGGACCUGCAGCGCCACCACGGCCUGGCUCACGGCGGGGACGGGGAGCCACAGGAAGGCAGCUUGGAGGCUGGCGAGGAUGCGGCUUUCCCUGGGCUCCAGCAGGAGGGGGAGGGGCGGCCAGAUGAGCGUGACGGGGAGGAAGAAAUGCUCCUCUCCCACAUCUGUGGCUACUGCGGGCAGACGUUCGACGACAUGGCAAGCCUCGAAGAGCACAGCCUGGGCCACCGGGAGGAGAAGGAAGCAGCGUUGGCUGACACCACCAUCCAGCUGCGGCUGGGACCUCGUCUGGAGCUGCCAGAGGAGCAGAAAUCCGGUGUGACGCCCCCAGACAGCCGUCCCUAUGCCUGUGGGCAGUGCGGGAAAACCUACCGGCACGGCGGCAGCCUGGUCAACCACAAGAAGACCCACCAGGUGGGAGAUUACCAGUGUGGUGUCUGCUCUCGGCAGUACCCCAACCUGUCCGCCUACCGCAACCAUCUCCGUAAUCACCCCAAGUGUAAGCUGAAUGACAGCCGGCCGGCCGGCAAUGGGAACAAUGCAGGGAAGGAGCUGGCGCUCCUGCACGGCAGGGAGGGAGGAGAGGCAGCCACGGCCCCAGCUCCCGGAAAACAGGACCCAGGGGGCAGCGAUGCCGAGGAGUGCAAGCUGCACGUGUGUGACGUCUGUGGGGAGCUGUGCAAGGGCGCAGCGGGGCUGGAGGCACACUGUGCCACCCAGCACCCGGAGGAGGAGGAAGAGCUGGUCAGCGUUGCCAAGGAGGAAGAUGAGGAGGGUGGCAGCGGGGAGGAAGGUGCCAUGUCGGAGCGCCCCUUCUGCUGCGAGCAGUGUGGCCGGAGCUACAAGCACGCGGGCAGCCUGAUCAACCACAAGCAGACCCACAAGACGGGCCUCUUCCGCUGCGCUAUCUGCCAGAAGCUGUUCUACAACCUCAUGGCCUUGAAGAACCACAACCGCAUCCACUUCGAGACCAAGCGCUACAAGUGCACCCAGUGCCCCAAGGCCUUCCGCCUCCAGAAGCAGCUGGCCAGCCACCAGCGUGUCCAUCGCGAGAGGAGACCGCCACUGCCCUCCUCGUCCUCCAGGAAGUUGGCUCACGCCAAGAGAGCAGGCAAGGCCCACGCCGACGGUGGCAGGGUUUCGGAGCUGCCCAUGGCCCCCAAGAAGGACCCCGAGGAGCGGCCGUAUCGGUGUGAGCAAUGUGGGCGGACCUACCGCCAUGCUGGCAGCCUUCUCAACCACCGCAAGAGUCACAAGACGGGUCAUUACUGCUGCCCCGUCUGCCCCCGGGCCUACCCUAACCUCAUGGCCCUCAAGAACCACCAGCGCAUCCACUUUGAGGUCAAGCGCCACCGCUGCCCCGACUGCGGCAAAGCCUUCAAAUGGCAGAGGCAGCUGGUGAGGCACCAGCUGAUCCAUGCCCAGCGCUGGCCUCGUCCCGGCAGCAGGAGCUCCCCCGCCCGCCCCCUACUGGAGGGCAGUACCCUUGUCCGGAGCAAGACGGCACGAGAAUGGCGGGCCGCCCGGAGGGAGCAGGGCGGCAGCCAUGUUGACGCCUCAGGUGGCCACGGUGACGGUGGCCAUCUUGGCACUACCUCAGGUGGCCAUGUUAGUGGUACCUCAGGCCCUCAUGUUGACAGUAGCCAUGUGGGCAGUGCUUCAAUUGGUGCCUCAGGUGGCCAUAGUGAUAGCCACCAUGUUGGCAGUACCUCAGGCAGCCAUGUGGGCAGUGCCUCAAUUGGUGCCUCACGCGACCAUGUUGACAUUGGCACCCAAACCCCAGUGGGCAUCAGUCCGGCGCCCCUUGGCCCUUUCCAGUGCCCGGUCUGCCCCAAGCAAUUUCCCACCCCCUCAGCCCUCAAGAACCAUGGCCGGGUCCACACUAAGAAGCGUUUCGAGUGCUCAGAGUGCGGCAAGGCCUACCGGGCCUCUCGGGACUUGGUCCAGCACCUGUGGCGGCACGAGGCAGAGGCUGGGGCCACUCCUGGCACCAAUGGCCUGGUGGACCAGCGCCCCUACAAGUGCGACCGUUGCGAGCGGACGUACCGUCACGCUGGCAGCCUCCUCCACCACAAGAAGGUCCACACCACCGGUCUCUACCGCUGCCCCGCCUGCCUCAAGGAGUUCCACAACCUCCUGGCCCUUACCUACCACCUCCGCACCCACUCGGACAAGAAAGGCCGCUGCUGCCCGGACUGCGGCCAGGCCUUCCGGACUUCCAGCCGCCUAGCCAGCCACGCCAAGGCCUGCCACAGCCAGGCCGGCUGCGCCAAAACCGGCCACGCUGCCACAGGAGGGGCCCAGGGGCCUGAGGCUGGCUCCUGCCAGGACAUGGGGGUGGCUGGCAGUGCCACUGCCGCCAUGGGGCAAGUUAGCUGAGGGUUGUGCAAAUGACUGUGCGAAUGUGUGGGUGGGGGGGGAUGGAGAGAUGGAGGCGGGGGUGUCAAUGUUGAUCAUUAUCCUAGCACCAAAUCGUUAAGGAGGGGAGAAUUUUCAGAGGCACAAACGGGGAUGGGCGGAAGAGGUGCCCAGUUUGCCAGUUUCGGGGGGGGGGAGGAGGCAGUUUGUGGGUGGAACAAUUAGUGAGGGAGGUUUUGGGGUGGAUCCCAGUUCUCCAAUGGAUGGGUGAGGGGGAAGCGGUGUUGGUUUGAUUCUCUGCUCCCUUUUUGUGCCUCUGAGAACUUUCCCCUUAACCCUAUUUUACCUUGUUUUGGCCCCCAAUUUAGGAGAGAUCUUAAGCACCCGCUUAACUCUAAGCACGUGCUUAAAUUCAAUUGAUUUCAAUCAAGUUUUCAAUCAGCUUGGCUGUAAUGCUCAACGGAUUCCACUGAAAUUGGUUCAGAUGACGCUCCAGUGAUCUCCUGCACAGGAGCCUGAACGUUGCGCUUUUAAAAAAAAAAAAAAAAAAAACACAAAACAUUGGUGCCAUGGUUUUAGUUUGGUUUGGUUUGGUUUUUUGACGUCUGUAGAAUUUAAUUUUCUGGUUUGUUUUGACCAAUUCCCAGCUCCUUUUUAAAUGGUGUCUGUUAUUGGAGAAGGAGGACAUUUUAAAAAUUGCUUUCAUGUGGAAAAAAAAAAAAAUAAUUUUGCCCCUAAAAAUUGACACACGUGGAAAACAAUAGUCUCCUUUUUUUCCUCUCCCCCAAAAUUGGCCAAGAUGUCCCCUGCAAAAAGUCUAAAUAUCUUUAAUUUAAAAUAUCUGUAAUUUAAAUUUUUUUUUUUAAAUAGACACUUUUUGUCUGAGGCUUUUUUGGUUGUUUUUUUUUUUUUUGGAAGAGGGAGAUGUAUAUAUUUUAAAUUUCCUCCUCAAUCAACAAAAGUUGGUAUUAAAAAAACAAAUUUUUUUCUUUUUUUUAAAAAGAAACAAACUAUUUAAUAAAAAGACACACUUUUUGUACUGAGAGCAAAUUGUCUUAAUUAUAACAAUUUUCCUUCCAAAACAAACAAACUUAUCUUGUUUUUAAAAGAGAACUAAAUUUCUGUUGAAGGAGAAUACAAAUUUUAAACUGUUCUUUUUUUUUUUUUUUAUCCUAAAAAGAAUCAAAUCUGAAUUUUAAACCAACUUUUCCCUUGUGAACAACACACAUUUUGAAACAAUUUGCUUAAAGACUCCUUUUAUGGGGGGAGGGGGGAGGAAAUU